AUGUCCAGUCUUCUGCCAGCACAUGAUGGACUGGACUUACUGCAGGGAGGACUGGACUUACUGCAGGGAGUACUGGACUUACUGCAGGGAGGACUGGACUUACUGCAGGGAGGAAAUAGGGUGAGGACUGGACUUACUGCAGGGGAGGACUGGACUUGUUUCUGGGUGGCUGAGAGCGACGGCUGGGUGGUGGCAACGGUGGCCUGCCUGCCCGCCGAGAGGGAACCAGGCUGCAUGGAGCUGAAGAGGUUGUCGGUACGUCGGACACACCGGAGGAUGGGCAUCGCCAAGGCCCUCAGCAGGACAGUGGCAGACUUCAGCAGGGAGAGGGGCUUCCCUGCGGUCGUCCUCUACACGUCUGUAGUGCAGACUGAUGCACAGAGGCUGUAUGAGAACGUGGGCUACACACAGGUCAGAGAGUUCGUCAUCCCUGAGCCCAUCGCCAAAAUCACCAACUUUACUCUGAUAGAGUUUAAACUGGACUUACUGCAGAGGGGGAAAUAGGAGGACUGGACUUACUGCAGAGGGGGAAAUAGGAGGACUGGACUUACUGCAGAGGGGGAAAUAGGAGGACUGGACUGCAGGGGGGGAAAUAGGAGGACUGGGCUUACUGCAGGGGGGAAAUAGGAGGACUGGACUUACUGCGGGGGGAAAUAGGAGGACUGGACUUACUGCAGGGGGGAAAUAGGAGGACUAGACUGGAGGGGGAAGG